AUGGAGGUAGGGCGGCGCCGUGGCGCCAAGGACCACAAAGGAGAGUUUGAGAAUGUGCCCGACACCGAGGCGGCGAACCACGGAACGACGCCCCCCCCUGCCAUCUCUGGUGGCUCUGGAGGCUCCGCAGAGGCGGAGCCCCCUGGGGGGCCUCGUCCCACGUAUCUUUGCGGCGUAACCAUCACCUCGGCUACAACGGCACAGGUCUCCUCUCCUUCUUCCUCUUGGCCGUGCGGGCCCGACUCGGAGCUGCUGCCGUUUGAGCUCACCGUGGGAUGGGUCGCCUUUUGGUCGCUCCUCAUGUUCUUCGGGCUCAAAUUUGCUGGCAUGCUCCGCGUCUCGGAGGAAAUCGAGAUGGCGGGCAUGGACGUGUCCAAGCACGGCGGUUCCGCAUAUGCUGGAAGCGAGGGCAAAGCGUAA